AAAGUGGACUUUUCCUUUUCCCCGUUUUUUGUUGUUUUCUGAGAGAGAAUAAAAAUAAUGUUGCAGUUUCCGACGUUGAUGAGCCAGUUUCCGUCAUCGACGAAGACGAUCCCGGCGUCGCAUUUGCUACCUAUACAGUGGCCCCAGCCUCAGAACGAAGAGAUUCUUCUCGCCAUGGAAGAAGCUGAGUUCGAAGAAAAGUGCAACGAGAUAAGAAAGAUGAGUCCUAGCUUACCCGUAAUUGGAAAACCAGUCGUUGACAACCAUCAAGAAGAAGACGAUAAUGAAGCAGAUGAUGAUGAUGAUGAUGCAGACAAUGCAGAGGAAUCAGAUGGUGAAGAAUUCGAGCAAGAGACUGGUUGAAUGAUCUCUCCAUAUAUAAAAAAAAGUUUAUUGAUGACAUUAGCUUGAUUUUUGAGGAUACUUGUCUAAACCUUCUCGUGUCAAAACGACUGUGAUUCCGAGUUUGGAAGCUCGUCUUCCCUAACAAGUUGCAACGGUUUGGGUUGGGUUUGUAUGUGUAAUGACUAUCAGAUUUCAUGGUCUAUUCUCUUGAUGAUGACAUC